AAACAGUUUACUAAAUUCUAUGUAGUUUUUCGAGUUUCGUUCCUAAAGUAACUUUAAUGUGUCCGAUUAACAAGACUUUUUAAAACUGCGUAAACUUUUUGAAUUUAUUGAGAUAUAAUUGUGGAAAGGAAAGACGUGAAUUGGUCUCUGGCUGAUUUCUGGUGCAUUUACAAAUUUUGCCUGAAUCAUUAUAAUGGCGUCCACAACAAAAGAUUCGAAUGGUCCCGUUCCAAUGGAGGAAGAUGAAACUGUUGGAGAAGAGGUGCUUAGAAUGGGCACUGAUGAAAUUAUUAGUAGAACAAGGCUCAUGGAUAAUGAGAUAAAGAUUAUGAAAAGUGAAGUCAUGAGAAUCUCCCAUGAAAUGCAAGCUCAGAAAGAAAAAAUUAAAGAGAAUAAUGAAAAGAUUAAAGUCAACAAAACUUUGCCUUAUCUUGUUUCAAAUGUCAUUGAGCUGCUAGAUGUUGAUCCUCAGGAACUGGGUGAAGAAGAUGGAGCUAAUGUUGAUUUAGAUUCACAACGUAAGGGAAAAUGUGCCGUUAUAAAAACCUCCACAAGACAGACUUACUUUCUGCCAGUUAUUGGUUUGAUUGAUGCUGAAAAGUUGAAGCCAGCAGAUCUAGUAGGUGUCAACAAAGACUCUUACCUUAUUCUAGAGACUUUGCCACAAGAGUAUGAUUCACGUGUCAAAGCCAUGGAGGUUGAUGAACGACCCACUGAACAAUACAGUGAUAUUGGUGGCCUUGAUAAACAAAUACAAGAGUUAAUUGAAGCUGUUGUUCUUCCCAUGACUCACAAAGAAAAGUUUGAGAACUUAGGAAUCCAACCACCAAAAGGUGUCCUUCUGUAUGGUCCUCCUGGUACAGGAAAAACUCUAAUGGCUAGAGCCUGCGCCGCUCAGACAAAAUCAACUUUUCUUAAAUUGGCUGGUCCACAGUUAGUUCAGAUGUUUAUUGGUGAUGGUGCAAAACUAGUACGAGAUGCAUUUGCUCUAGCUAAAGAAAAGGCACCAGCUAUUAUAUUCAUUGAUGAGUUAGAUGCAAUAGGUACCAAGCGUUUUGAUAGUGAAAAGGCUGGUGACAGAGAGGUUCAAAGAACUAUGUUGGAACUCCUGAAUCAACUUGAUGGUUUUAGUUCAAGUACAGAUAUAAAGGUUAUAGCAGCCACUAACAGAGUGGAUAUUCUAGACCCUGCCCUGCUAAGAUCUGGCAGAUUAGACAGAAAGAUUGAAUUCCCUCAUCCAAAUGAAGAAGCUAGAGCCAGAAUCAUGCAGAUUCAUUCCAGGAAAAUGAAUGUUGACCCUGAUGUUAAUUUUGAAGAGUUAGCGAGGUGCACUGAUGAUUUUAAUGGAGCUCAAUGCAAAGCAGUUUGUGUGGAGGCUGGUAUGAUUGCUUUAAGAAGGGGUGCAACUGUUGUUACUCAUGAAGAUUUUAUGGAUGCUAUUCUAGAAGUGCAAGCCAAGAAGAAGGCAAACCUGAACUAUUAUGCAUAACUUUUUCUCAUUCUUAAACUGUUUAUAGGAAGUUGCAUUAUUUAUAAAUUAAAGUCUCAUUGUUUCUUAACUUUCAAAUAAAAGAUGUUAUUUUAAGUGUUUAUAAA